AUGGCGCCAACAGUCACGCCGGCAGAGCGCAUUCGCGAGCUCUCCCAGAUCAGCUCAGAUGUUGCGACCAUGCUGGGCUCCGCUGGCCAGGCGAUAGAUGCGCUGACAAACAGACCCAUCAACCGCGAGACAGGCGAAGAUACUCAGAUGACCGACGACAGCAGCAACACGGUAGAAGCUCACAAGGAAGCGUUCAAGAAGCACACACGAGACUACUUCACGGGCUUGCAAGGUGUGUUUGUGCGCCUGAGAAGACAGGCACUGGCACUGGAAGACGCUGGGAUUAUCACGGCCGAGUCCAAUGUUCUUGCCGGCGCACCGGUUCGAAACGUGCCAGGACAGCCACCAGGAGGUACACAAGGCCAAGGACAACGGACUGAGGGAGAGCGUAUCAAGAAUGGUGGGCUUGGCAAUUUCGAUGUGGGAUGGUUGAACAGCCGCGGAAACAAGGUUGGCGAGGAGAAAGAAGCCGAGCUCAUGCAGGAAGCAAAGGAGUUGCUGGAAGAUGUGCUAGCUCGCACAGAAAAUGGAGGUUGA